AAAAUGUACUUAUAACCUUAAAAAAAAUUCGUGAAAUGGACCGACGAGCUUUCAACUGUCACAUCAAGUCAACCGAGCUGUCAAGUCACUCAAAGUUUUGUUGUGAUUUGUGAAGCGUCUCGUGCUAUUUUUCGUGGUAAUUUUUAUUGAUAAUUGUUUUCGUUGAGUUCAGUUGUAAUUACCAUGGCAAACAAAAGUGUUUCUUCUAGAGCCCGGGGGCCUAAUUUUACAAAAGAGGAACAGAUACUGCUGAUUGCAGCGAUGGAACCAUACACCCAUAUUAUUGAGUGCAAAAAGACCGACCAAAUUAAACAGACUGAAAAGCAAAAUGCCUGGGUCAAAAUCGCUCAUGUUUUUAAUGCCAACACAAAAGGUGUUUCGAGAAGUGCCGAAAACCUUUUAAGUUGUUAUAGAAACAUUAAAAGCAAAUUGAAAAAAAAGCAUUCAGAAUCAAAAAUGUUGUUGAAAGAUCCUGAUCAAAAACAGGCUUUUCUUAAUGCCUUAGAGGAAAAUGGUAAAGACUGGGAAGCAAUCGCCUCCACAAUAAAUAAGCCUAUUGAGGUUUGCCAGGAGAGCUUCGACAGUUUGCAAGUAGAAUUGAAAAAAGAAGAAGUCAAGUAUAAGAAGGUUGUGAUGGGAACAGGUGGAGGCCCUCCUCCUUCAGAUGGUGACAACCCACUUAAUGCAAUAAAAAAGUUAAUAGAGCCACAAAUGGAUGGACUUUAUAGUAUGUAUGAUGGAGAUGCCACACUCAUGAAGCAAUUUCAAGAGAGUCUUCCUGAAGAACAACGAAUUGCACCCAUUGAAGAAGAUCACUUAAAAAGUCUUGAUAACAUAACUGCAGAUGUGGUCAAUUGUAAUAUUGUUAUUACUGAGAAUGAUGGUGGUUCUACUCCAAGCACAACAUUGCAAUCUCAGGCUGGAGAUAAUUUUAUAAUACUAAAGAAGGGAACUGUGCUGACAAACAAGGAUUUAACUGAUAAUGACCAUGGACCUUCUACGAGUGGCAUUAAUACCACACCAUUAUCACAAACUCAUUUAAGCAGGAUAGACGUUUUAAGAAAAAGGAAGGCAUCUGCGCUCUAUAACAAAGAAAAUAAUACUUCUGAAGAAUCAGCAAACAAGAAAAGCAAGACAGCAAAUGAAAGCUUCAAAAUGUUGUCAGAAGCGAAGUUGGAGCUGGUUAGACUACAAAAACUGUCAUUGGAAAUGGAAAUAGAACAUAAACAAAGAGUAUAUGAAAUAGAAUUGGAUAGUUUAAUGAAAAAAAAGGCAUUUAAUGAACAAAUGUACGAAAAAGAACUUUUACUUAAGGAUUUGGAAAUAAAAGAGAAACAAUAAUUAUUAUUUUUGUUUUAAUUUUUUUUUUACAAUGAUGCAAAAUAUCCCUCUAUUAGUAGUCUUUGUUGCAAAUUAGCCCUUCCUCUUCCAUACCGUUCUGAUGCAACAUCAUCAUCCCUUACUUCCAUAAUAACAGGAAAGUCUUGGUCUUCAGGGGGUAUGUUUUCCUUUCGUAAUAUAGCUAAAUUAUGAAGUACAGCUGUUGCUACGAUUAUACCAGGUACUCUAUGAAGAUGGAUACUUAUGCCCCUGGAUAAUAUAGGGAAUCUCCUCUUCCAUAUACCAAAUGCACGUUCAACCACAUUCCUCGUCUUUAUUUGUGACUCUUGGUAAAGUGUUUCUCCUCGUGUAUUCACAUUAUUUUCUGACAGAGGUGUCAUCAUAAAGUUAGUUUGGGCAUAGCCACUGUCACCUAGCAAUAAUUUGUCAUUAUAUUUACCCUGCAAAAAAUUGCGUUUUAAUGCACAGUUAUCCCAAAUAUUGGAAUCGUGUGCUGAUCCAUGCCACCUUGCCACAACGUCUAAAAACAUAAGGUUUGCAGCAGCUACACAUUGGGUGUUUAUUGAAAAAUAUCCUUUCCUAUUUCUAUAUAUUUCAGCGUUAUUACCACCUGGAGAUAAUAUCUUCACAUGAGUACAAUCUAACGCACCAAUUACUCUAGGGAACUUUGCAAUUCUAUAAAAAUCAUACGCUGUUUUAUUUUGCUCUUCUGUUGUGCUUGGAAAUUUGAUAUACAUCUUAUACAAUAAUGCAAUGGCAUGAGUAACACGAUGCACUAUUCUACAAGCUGUGCUUUCAUGUACACCAAUCAUGUCACCACAUGUUAUUAGCUGACUUCCUGUUGCAUAAAAUCUCAGCGUACAUAAAAGUUGGUUCAUAGGAGUGACUGAUUUGAUCUUGUUGCUGGUUUUUAAAUGUGGGGCUAUUUGUUGUAACAAAAUUGUAGUGGUUUCUUUCGUUAGGCGAAACCUUCUGAAGAAUUUGUCGUCCGAAUACAUUCCAAAUAAGUCUGCUCUCUCAAACAAUUCUCUCGGUCUGUUGAUAUAUUCUAUAAUCUCCUCAUCGUCGUCAGAAUACAAUUCCCACAAAUCCAUCUUACAAACUUCCUACCGAACUCUUUAAAAUCUUAAAAUAAUAGUAAAAUUUCUUUAACCUUAAAAUAAUGACGCGCGAUUUCUACUAAACGUAUUUAGCGACGCUAAAUAGCCAUCUUUGGGUAUUUAACUUUGACAGUUCGUUAAACGUGAUUAGUGCCUAAAUUUUUGUUGUGCAAGACGCUAAAUAUAAUUAGCAGACUAAAUGCGUUUACGUCGCUCUUAAACUGUAUUUAACGACGAUGCGCAAGCCGCCC